AACCGCUCGAGGCCUACGGAAACCUCGCGAGGCUGGUGGGAGGUAGGAGGCAAUCCGGACGUGAGCCUGGUACCCGGAUGGGGGACAACACCAGCCCCAUCAGUGUGAUCCUGGUCAGUUCAGGGAGCAGGGGCAAUAAGUUACUGUUCAGGUACCCAUUUCAGAGAAACCAGGAGCAUCCUGCAUCCCAGACAAAUAAGCCACGUAGCCGAUAUGCUGUUAAUAACACAGGAGACAAUACAGAUGACCAAGAUGGGGACUCCAGCGAGCAAUGUCCUCUAACCGAUGAACAGUUGGUUGCAGGAUUUUCAGAUGUUAUUCUAGCAACGAUUUUGGCAACUAAGUCUGACAUGUGUGGUCAGAAAUUUGAGCUGAAGAUUGAUAACGUGCGCUUUGUUGGUCACCCCACACUUCUGCAGCAUGCCCUGGGACAGGUAUCCAAAACAGAUCCAUCUCCAAAAAGAGAGAUGCCUACGAUGAUUCUCUUUAAUGUGGUAUUUGCAUUAAGGGCCAAUGCAGAUCCUUCUGUGAUAAACUGCCUGCAUAACCUGUCACGUCGAAUUGCCAUUGUGCUGCAGCAUGAAGAGAGGCGCUGCCAGUACCUGACCAGAGAGGCCAAGCUGAUCUUAGCCAUUCAGGAUGAAGUGUCUGCCAUGUCCGACAGUCCACAGUCUCCAUUUCAUCACAUUCUUCCCAAGUGUAAGUUGGCCAGAGACCUCAAGGAAGCUUAUGACAGCCUGUGUACCACUGGGGUUGUACGGUUACACAUCAACAAUUGGCUGGAAGUGAGCUUCUGCCUGCCUCAUAAAAUCCAUUAUGUCGCAACAAAUUUUAUACCUCCAGAAGCCAUUGAAAGAAGUCUGAAAGCUAUCCGGCCUUACCAUGCCUUACUGCUGCUCAAUGAUGAGAAGUCUUUACUCAAUGAACUCCCAUUAGACUGUUCCCCUGCACUUGUGAGAGUGAUUAAGACUACCUCUGCUGUGAAAAAUCUGCAGCAGCUCGCUCAGGAUGCCGAUCUGGCACUGCUACAGGUUUUCCAGCUUGCUGCCCACUUGGUAUACUGGGGCAAGGCCAUCAUCAUCUACCCACUGUGUGAGAACAACGUCUACAUGCUGUCUCCCAAUGCCAGUGUGUGCCUAUAUUCUCCACUGGCUGAUCAGUUUUCUCGGCAGUUCCCUGCUCAUGAUUUGCCAUCUGUUCUUGCCAAAUUCUCAUUGCCAGUUUCUUUAUCAGAAUUCAAGAAUCCUCUUGCUCCACCAGUGCAGGAGACACAACUCAUCCAGAUGGUGAUCUGGAUGCUUCAGCAUAGGCUUCUGAUCCAACUGCAUACAUAUGUUUGCCUGAUGGUGCCCCCCAACGAAGAAGAGAGUCGAACACGAGAGGAGGAUGUCCCCUUCACCGCCCGCGUGGGAGGCAGAAGCCUCAGCACACCCAAUGCCCUGAGCUUUGGCUCACCAACCAGCAGUGAUGACAUGACCCUCACAAGUCCCAGUAUGGAGAACUCCAGUGCUGAGCUGCUCCCCAGUGGAGACUCCCCACUGAAUAAAAGGAUGACUGAGAAUCUGUUGGCCAGCUUGUCAGAGCAUGAGCGGGAAGCCAUCCUCAGUGUCCCUGCUGCUCAGAACCCUGAAGAUCUCCGCAUGUUUGCCAGGCUGUUACAUUAUUUCCGGGGACGCCAUCACCUGGAAGAGAUCAUGUACAAUGAAAACAUGCGACGAUCCCAACUGCUGAUGCUCUUUGACAAGUUCCGAAGUGUGCUGGUGGUCACCAACCAUGAGGACCCAGUUAUCUCAGUUUUCCAGUCACUUCUAAAAUGAGUGGGAAGUGAGGAAAUGGAGGUUCAGAGAAGUGACAAGAUUUAACCCAAGGUCCCACAGCUAGUAAAGUAUGUGGCAGAGCUGGGCGUCAACCUGGGCAUUCUGACUCUAAAGCUGAUAUUCCUUCCAGUACAACCAUUGUUGUUCUCUGGCCUCAGCCUUUUCCAACUUCCUCUCCUCUACCCUGACACACACCAUAUGCUCCCAUAAGAUGGUCCUCUCUCUGCCUGGAGGAAAUAUGAUGGAGAAGCAGAAGCUACCCUUGGGCUGAGAAUGUCCACAUUCACCCACUGAGGCCAUUCUUAGAUGACAGCUACUCCAACCUUUUGAUUUUUAAAGAUGGAGAACAGAAUGUUAAGACUGAAAGGAACCAACUGUAUCAUUCUAUAAAGAGAAACAGGCCCAUCAAGGAAAAGUGACUUACCUAAGAAAGUAUGUCACUACAGAGCUGGCCAGUAACAGGGCUGAGACUCCUAGCCCAUGUGUUUUAGAUUAUCCUGCCUGAUUUCUUUUAGAUCCUGAAGCCUGAUACCUUCUACCUUAGGCCCAUGAAUAUGGUGGUUUUAAUAGUAGGCUACUUGCCCCCUGAGGGCAACAGGGAAGCCAAUAUGUUCUAUAGUCUGAGGUGAAGAAAAGGAACGGAGAAUGGGGUAAGAGAGGCUUGAGCUCUCAGAAAUCAUGCCAAGGGACAAAGAGGACCACUUGAGGGCAGACAGGUCUGCUUGAUGAAGAUGGUUAACAGUGUGGCCCUAGGCUCAAUGGGAAACCCAAAGUCAUCCUCUGAAUCCUGAGAUACAACAGGGAAGGGUCUUGCCCAGACAACAUCGGAACCACAGUAAACAUCACAAAGAAGAGGGCUGAGCACAGGGCAAAGGAAGCACAGGAAUGGAAAGGGAGUGGGAGGAAGAUCAAUGUGGGCAUGCCCCUAUUGUCCUCAGUCCUUCUCUUGCUCCUCUGCACAGGCACUGUUAGAAUCAGUGUUCCUGGAGGCUUCACUAUCUAGAGUGUUUAUCCCUGUCCUUCAAACUGAGGGUAAAAAACAACAUGGGAAGCGAGUGACCUCCCCUCCUAUUCUGUAGACAUCUUAAGUUCAAUGUGGCCAAGACUUAACUCUUUCUUCGAAAACCUGUUACUAUUCUGAACUUCCCUAUUACUGCUGAGUUGCAUCACUAUCCUCCCAGUCCCCCGGGCUUGAAACCUAGAGGUCAUUAUCAACUCCUUACCCUCCCUCCCCAUACCCAAUCGAUGGCCAAGUCCUAUUGAUUUUACGUUUGUAACAUCUCCCACGUAUGACCCUUCUCUCCUCUGACACUGCCACCACCCUCGGGUGGGUCUCGUCACCUCGCACCUGCAUUACUGUAACAGUAGCUGGUGGCUCCAGCUGCCAAGUCCCUCCUCACCCCAGUCCAUUCUCCACUCAGCUGUCAGAGUGAUUUCCUUCAAGUGCAGAUCUGACUAUAUUCAAUAAACAGGCAGCUAGAUGGCACAGUAGAUAGAGCACCAGGCCUGGAGUCAGGAAGACAUCUUCUUGAGUUCAAAUCUGGC